AUGAAUAACACAAACAAAUGGGUGAAUACGAUUGAAGAAGCUAUUUCUAGAGAAUAUUAUAGACUUUAUGAACAAAAACAUUUUAGUAAUAUCCAAAAAGUUGGAACUGGAGGAUUCGGAAAAGUUUAUCGUGCGAGUUGGAAAAAUUCUCAAUAUUUUGCGUUGAAAUCUUUUUUUAAUCUUGAUGACGUCGAUGACGUCAUUGCAAAAGAAAUCGUUCAUGAGCUUAAACUUCAACGUGAUAUACAAUUACAUAAUAACAUUAUUAAAUUCUAUGGAAUUGCAAAAUUUGAUCCAGAAAACCAAAAUUCUCAAUCAAAUAAUUAUUUGCUACUAGUGAUGGAGUAUGCUGAUUCUGGUCCUCUUAAAGAUUAUUUAAAGGAAAACUUCAAUAAUCUUACAUGGAACGAUAAAUAUAACUUUGCAUACCAAUUAGCCUGUGCCGUGUCAUGUUUACAUAAUGAAGGAAUAGUGCAUCGUGAUUUGCACUCGGGUAAUGUAUUGGUUCAUCGAAAUAUUAUCAAAUUAUCCGACUUUGGGUUGUCAAAGAGAAUUGAAUCAUCAUCCAACACACAAUCAAAACUUUUUGGAAUAAUUCCUUACGUUGAUCCAAAAAGAUUUAAUGGACAAAGAGAAAAUCAAGCCUCAACACAAGUAUUUUCGUUAAAUGAAAAAAGUGAUAUCUAUAGUGUUGGUGUAUUAUUCUGGGAGAUAUCUAGUGGCCGACCUCCUUUUUAUUAUAAAAGUGAACAGUAUGAUAUUGAUUUGGCUUUAGAAAUUUCACAGGGUCUUAGAGAAGAACCCGCUCCCGAUACACCUAAAGAUUAUGUUGAAAUUUAUACUGAAUGUUGGAAUGGUGAGCCAGAUAAACGCCCAACCAUAAAUCAAGUAGUAGAAAGACUAAAGACAACUAUGACAAAAACAAACACAUUGAUGGAAAAUCAUCAAACAAUGUUAACAUCAACAGUGGAACUAAAUUUUAAUCCAACUAAUAUUGAUACUUUAUCAAAUAUUGAUAAUUCAUUACAUGGGGAAAUAUCUCAAAUUAUACAAAAUUUUGAUAAAAUGAACACAAGAGAAAUAGUACCUACAUCAUUAACAAAUGAAAAUGAAAAAAAUUUAAAUAAAAUAGUUAACAAUACAAUAAAUUACAUUUUCAAAAUAAUUAAUGAAGGAAAAAAAUCAACGAUUGACAAAAAUAAUAAAGAUAUUCUUGAUUAUUUUGAUAAUAAUAUAAAUUCACAAGAAAUUUACUAUUUAUUAUUAACUAAUCAAAAUAAUUUAGAUUUUAUAUUCUUACUUGGAUAUUUUAAUUAUUUAGGGAUUGAAACAAUUGAAGAUGAUAAGAAAGCAUUUGAUUUAUUUAUUAAUGCAUCAGGGAAAGGUCAUAUAUUAGCACAAUUUUAUGCUGGAUUGUGUUAUGAAACUGGUCGUGGAACUGUAAAAGAUGAAAAAUUAGCUUUUAUAAGUUACGAAAAAAUUGCUAAUAUGGGUUAUGCUUCAGGAUUAUCAAAGAUUGGUUAUUUCUAUCGAAAGGGUUUUGGAACUAUAGUUGAUAAGCAAAAAGCAGUUGAAUUUUAUCAACAAGCAGCGAAUUUAGGAAAUGGUGAUGCUCAAAAUAAUCUUGGCAAUAUGUAUUAUAAAGGAAAAGGAGUUUAUAAAGAUUAUAACAAAGCCUUUGAAUUAUAUCACAAGGCAGCAAAUUUAGGAAAUAGUAAUGCUCAAAAUAAUCUUGGCAAUAUGUAUUAUAUUGGAGCAAGUGUUGAAAAAAAUUAUGACAAAGCUUUUGAAUUAUAUUACAAGGCAGCAAAUGCGGGAGAUAAGUAUGCUCAACAUAAUCUUGCUCUUAUGUACGAAUACGGAAGGGGAAAUGAAAAGGAUAUAAAUCAAGCGAUUUAUUGGUAUGAGAAAUCUGCUAAACAAAAAUUUACAUACGCUCAAAUUAAAUUAAAAAAAUUAAGAAAAUUGAUUUUUUUAUUCGAAAUGUAA